AUGGUGGUCAGACUUGCAGAAGUGUUAGCUAGAGUGGUGUCUCCAUUUCAGUCAGGGUUUGUCAAGGGUAGGAAUAUAGUGGACAACAUUCUUUUGGCACAAGAAUUGUGUCAUAGGAUGUCUGCUCCCAAUGAAGAUGUCAUUCUCAAGUUAGAUAUGACUAAGGCCUAUGAUAUGAUGGCUUGGGAAUGCAUCUUCAAGGUUCUGAGGAAAGUAGGAUUCUGUGAAGGUUGGAUUGGUUUGGUUAGAAUGUCAAUUGAUAACAUCUGGUAUUCUGUCAUUAUUAAUGGGACUCAACAAGGUUUUUUCAGAGCUACAAGAGGGUUGAGGCAGGGAGACCCAUUGUCACCCAGUCUAUUCAUCAUUGCUGCAGAACUAUUGUCUUGUUUAAUAAGAGAUAAUGAGGUUACCUUUACACAGCCUAUGGGUGGACCUGGUGUUCAUCACCUUGCUUUUGUAGAUGACAUGCUUGUAUUUACAUCAGGGAAGGGGGUGCCAUAG